AUGCCUAAGGGAUCUUCAGAAUUUGUUAUUGGCAGUCAAGCCAAAGAAGCUUUAAAAAAAAUUGAUGAAAAUUCUAAAACAAUUCAGUUAUUUAAAAAUUAUUCUAGGCAAUUAGAUGCAAAAUCAGAUAAAUAUGAAAGAUUAGUUAAAAUUAGCAGGGAUAUAACAAUUGAAAGCAAAAGAAUAAUUUUUUUACUUCAUACAAUUGACAGUGACAAGAAGAAAGAAUUAGUUUUGAAUCAGGCGGAAUUGAGAUUACAAAAUCUUUUGAACCAGAACUUUAAAAAUAUUGCUAAAGAAUUAGAUGAAGAAGAUCAUUACCUUUAUCACAGAGCCUUUUCACCUGGCAUUCAAGAAUUUAUAGAAGCAUUAAUUUAUUUUAAUUAUUUAAAGCAUAAAAGAAUUUUUAAUUUGUCUUACUAUCAAGCAAAGUUUGAGUUUAAAAUUAUUGAAAAACAUGAAAAUUCCUAUAAGGAAAGUGACAGGAAAAUUGUCACUACUUUGGUACAAAAUGAUUUUUUACUCGGCCUAUUGGAUGCAACAGGUGAACUCAUGAGAAAAUGUAUUAAUAAUUUAGGUUCAGGUGAAAUUACAGAUUGUGGUGACACUUGUGACUUUGUCAGAAAUGUAUAUUCUGGUUUUUUGUCUCUUUCCUAUUUUGGAUGUAAAGAAGUUUUAAGGAAAUUGAUUGUUUUGAAACAAACCCUUUUAAAAAUUGAAAUGGUUUGCUACAAUAUUCAUAUUAGAGGAAAUGAAAUGUUAAAUCACAUUCUCUCAGAUAUAGAUGAAUUUAAGACAUAUGUUGGAAAAGACGAAUAG